GAGCGAAACACAAAAGUCGAGUGCGUUUACAUCUUUAUAUAUAUUUGCAGCUGCACAUUCAACGCAGCAGCAGCGCAGCGUUGCCUCCGCAAAGGACCUCGAUCUAGUACCAGAUAGAACGUCAGCGUGGCGUUGUUGUUGUUGCUGCUGUUUCUUUCUUUCUGUGAAAUCAGCGAUGGCCACAUCGGACAGCCAGGCCGACUUCACAUCGUGGAGUCAAGAAAGCACUGUUCGGCCCCUGCUACGCAUGCCGCUGAAGACAGUCCCCGUCUCCACACCUAACAACGCACCUCUCGAGGCGACGAAGACGCAGGUCUAUCUUCCGCCAAAGACUUCUUCGUCAGCGGCGCCGCCUCCUUCUUCUCCCUCUACGUCAGACAGCUCCCCCGUGCCCAUCCCGUCCUUGGACAGGUGGAAGACGGCAACGAGGAAGCCGUCGGCCGCACAAGGCGUCGAUGUCGUGCCGCAAGAUGUAGUCGAUGGGCUGCCGCCGCCGGAGUCGUCGCCUGCCGCCGCGAAGGAGCAGCUCCUGCUGGAGCAGCGGCGCCUGUUAGAGGCAGAGCACGAUGCGAGAGACCGCGACCUGCGCGCACGGAUGACGCAGCCAACGGGACGUGCGCCAUCGGCCUCUCGGCUCUCUCGCAACUCCUGUGCCGCAUCGUCGUCUUCUGCCUCCUCCUCCUCUGCAUUGUCUGCGAACACUUGUGACCGUGACAGCGCCGUGGCGAGCGCGGAGGGCGACGCUCACCACCAUCAUCAUCAUCAUCACCAUCACCACCAGACCUCCUCGUCUCUCCCCGAUCACAAUGAUCCACCGCGCCAGGCCCCUCUACCCCCCACGCAUGGUGGCGCUCCUGCACCUGCCGAACAAGAGGAGCCCUCUCCGUCUUCUGCGAAGAAGCCCAUUGCGGCUUCCACCGCUAUCGAUUCCCCCGCCACUGCGCAGCCUGCGGAGGCAGCUCGACCUCCUUUUCCUCCCUCGCCGUCGCUACUGCGAGCCGAGCAACAGCAGCGGCAACGCAGUACGGACCUUCCCGAUCCGCACAGCCACCAUUCGCUGUCGUUGCAAGAGCUACGCCACGAUGUGCAGAGCUGCGCCCGCGAGAUUGAGCGGCUGGUGGAGGACCAGUACGACCUCCGCCGCUCGGUGCGUGACAUCCUCGCUGAGAUGGCGGGUGCGAAGGCACCGGCCGCUCCUGCUCUUGCUCCUGCCAGCCCGUCGCCCUCUGCUUCUCCAGCCAGUCCAAGCCUCAACGACGCUACACCGCAACAACAGCAGCAGCAGCAGCAGCCGGCACCACGCAACAGCAGCGACGGCAGCGCCGACCGCCUCCUUUCUGAUUCUUCUGCGGACUCGGAGUUCCCAUCCGCAUCUCAGCCGCCGCCUCCGUGGCUCCUGUCGUGGAUGCAGCAGCAGCGCACUGAGCAAGCCAAAAGCUUCCAGCACCUGCGUGAAGAAGUGGUGGUGAUGAUUUGCAAUGCCGUUGCCGAGGUGCGGCACGCCUCUCGACGCUUGGCUGAGGGAAGCGGCGACGAGCACGGGAGUCAACGACGCGGUGGUGCACCGCCGCACGCGGUGGGGCCUUCGAUCGCGAAUCAUGUCAUGGAAGCAGACACUUUGUCGGUGAGGCAGCGAGGAGAGAGGGAGGAGGAGGAGCAGCAGCGUAAUGAAGUCGAUGAAGAAUCCCUGACGCCGCUGCUGAUGCGGCGGCGGCAGCGGAACCGACGGCUGAUGUCACCGACUCCACCAAACCGCUCCGAUCUGGUCUCUUCCGUUGCCUCCACCUCCGAGUCGUCUCUCUCCUCGGUGCAGCGACACGACGCUCUUUGGUCGGCGUUGCUUCGCAUUCAGCGAGUGGUGGACAAGCAGUCGGCGCAGAUCGCGCAACUGACGGCAUGUGUGUGUCCACCGACAACCCCGUUUCCGCAACUGCAGGCAGCUUCUCUAGAGCACCGACAACCGCAUCAACAUCAACAUAAACAUCGAGAGCCUUCCACUGCGUCAUCCAUCACGUCAGCGACCGCCUCUACCGCCACCACAGCAACGGCUACGACGGCGCGAAGCGACCACCACCACCACCACCAUCACGCGCCGCACCGCAAACCGACGCGCACGUCAUCCAAAGUGCAGACGACACACCGCCCUCUUCACCGGAAAGCCGGUCGACUCGAUGACAUCCAGGAUGGCGUGAGUGACCUGCGUCAUCUUCUGCGAGAGACGUUGCAGCGGGAUCGGCAGUUGGCGCAGCGGACACCAGACACGCCCAUCAGCGAACGCGCACAUUCAUAUCAGCAACACCCAUAUCAACAGCAGGAUCGAGGGCCAAGCAGUGCCAGCAGCAGCGAUGUUCGCAGCUCCAAGUACGCGCAGCGACGGUACGUGCCAGCCAACCAGCAACUGCCGCCGUCAGCACCUGUGGGCAGUCGCUACGCGGACCCGCACCCCUCCGCAGCACGUCCAGCCACGCGUGGAAAUGGAAACAUGGAGGGCCGGUUCUUACCGGGAGAAGACACGCGACACGCACACGGCGUGGUGCCUCAGCGACAGCAGCGCACCUCGGACCCGCGUUCGGUGCCCUCGCGGGACCGCACCCCCUCACUUAGCGCAUCACCGGUCCACGAGGAGCGGGUGGACGUGAACGUUUACCGCGAUGAUGUAGCAGCCGAUGCAGGCGGGCGGCGAGAGGAAGACGUACUAGAGACACCGCCGCAGCUGCCACGACAACGGGUGCGCACGGUGCUGACGUCCUCUCUUGUUUACCCCCACGCAUAG